AAAAAAAUGGUAUUCUGAGCUUGGGAAUGUUGUUCGAUGGGAUAUUCCGAGAAGGAUGAUAGAGAGGGGAGUUCUGUUGGUUACGGCGAACCUUUCACAGGUUUAUAUAUCCCAUUUCCCGGUAUUUCUUCUUCCUGAUAUUAAUCACAUGUUUUUGACGUUCAGCUCUGAGCGUAGGAGCAUCUCAGGUAGCUAGCAUGGUGCUGUUCCAUGUCUCAUCUAGAUAAUAGGCUAUAGAUAGCAAUAAUGGACCACAGGGAGAUGAUGCCGUUUCACAUCUGUGUAUUUAUGCAAUGAACGGCCGUAAACGAUUGGGUAGAGCAAGAUAUCUUAGACAAUAGGAUCCAUCGAAGCGUCAACGCCAUGGCGUAGUCAAUUGUUGUAGCGUCUACGUGCAUGAUCGAGCAGGGUAUGGGAGGAAGAAGGCAUCGCUAGAUACCAGUAAAUAUAUGUUGGCUGUCUCCACUACCAACUGAUGGUCAUAUAGUUGGUAGGUAUGAGGAUAUCAAAGGGUAAAAUGGGAAGUGGGAGUUGACAGUAUCCCUCCUAACUCCUGCCUAAGCGCUGUGCCCAUAUCCUCGGAACCCGCUAGCCCCCAAGGCGACGGCCUGGAUAGGUAUUGUGAAAUGUCAUGCACAGAGGUAGUUUAUUUAAUGCUGUCAAGAUAGUUUAUCAGAUAUUCCAUUCAACCCGGGAGUGAGCCCAUAUCUACCAGCGUCAGACAGCGUGAUGGGUAGUUAAAGGAGAGUUAUGUCGUUCGAGCUGGCUCCCUAUCUUGAACUUUCUAAGCGCCGGAGCCAAAGGCUGACUCUGUUCCAAGAGCAAGUUAUGUAUCAUGACCAAUCGGAAGCUAUAAAGUACAGCUAGUUUGUUGUUUGCUAAGUAGCCAAUCAUUAUUGCUGUUUCAUUGUUAUUAAUAGUUUCACACGUGACUCCAGCGCCUCGCCGCCUCGCUCGCUGUGACUCUUGUGGUUGGCUCGUUUGGGUACUUGUGAGUUAGUUAGCCGCCGCCAAGAGCUUGUAGUCCGCAGCAACAAGAUAUACAGUUGGGGCCUGUUUCCUCGUUCAUGCCACUUUACCAUUACUUGCUUCAGCGAUCGUGAUAUAUUACUUUUACACCACAUCGCCUCGUCGACUUCUUGUUAUUUGCACCGGACAAACAUACGGUCGAAAGAUCAAAGUUGUCCACACACCUUUCACCCCCUUCAGCCACCCAAUAUCCUUCAUUACCAAUUGAUACUCCAAUCAACCACUAUGACAAACCAGAAGGACCUAGGAUAUGGAUGGCUUGCGAAAGCGAAAUUUGAGCAAGACAAGCUGCUAAAGGAAAAGUCUGAUACCUGGAAGGUCGCAAGAUGGCAGGCAUAUUGGGAGGAUGUCCGCAAAGGAACUGUGAAGCGCAUGGUAUACCUUGUCCUCAUAACUAAAUCCGGCCCAAUUACAUCACCAGAGAAGUUACAGGAGAUUGCUGGUCUUACCUCACCACCGGAGGUUUAUACAACUGUGAAGAUGAAAGAUUUUGGUCAAGAGCCACCAGCCGAGCCACGGGAAGAGGAGAAAGUCCAGUACUGCACUGUUGGAAACUUGCAGGCUGUAAAAGCCGCGACUUAUGGUGUGCACCAACUAGUGUGGUUUCGAGAUGCCCCGCUGGGCGCAUGGCUAGCGUACUCUUUGAAGGCGGAUGACCGACAGUGGGAAGAUUUUCGCGAAGCAUGCCGCACAGGAACCAUUCUAUACACUCAGGGCACCUAUCCCAUUAUCAUAUCCAACGCAGGGCCCUUCACAUCCCCGGAAAAAUUACAGGAGAUGCUCGGACUUUCAGCACCACCAGAAUUGAAGAAAGCAGCCCGAGCGGAACUCUCCGAGGACAUGCGGCCUUGGCCAAAAGAGGGGGAUUUAAUGCAGUAUUGCGAUGUUGACCUUUGCUACCUGGACAAGGUAGAGGAAGUCUCCGAAGGAGAGGAUAUUCUCAUUUGGGCUAAUAGAAAAAAAAGGUGUGGUUGGCUUGCCAACUCUUUGAAAUCGAAGCUUUGGGGUGAAGAUGUUGAUGCUAGCAACGGCAAAGAAAAAGCGGCGCGAAAGAGGACUUCGCUGACAGAUACUGAUACGGAUUAACUGCUUUUGGUCUUGCAAUUUGUGUUACUCUUAUUAUCCUCUCCUCUAUCUCCAUACCCAUGAUUUCACAAAAACCACUAAGUCACUCUUUGAUAUAUGCAAAGCUUUCAAAAACUUCCCUUGAAAAGUCAAGAUGUGUACUUAACUGAAGCUACCUACUCCUUGUUUUUGCCCUGCCCUGACUCUGCGUGUGCAAAUCUGUAUCCACGUAAUCAAAUUAAAGCAAAUAAGGGUGGUUGUAAAGCCUCGCCUGUAAAUUGGUUAUAUGGAUAGUUGAACAAAGUUUUAGGAAUCAACAUCAUCGAUAUAAGAGAACAUUCAAAAUAAGGGCAGUUGAUCCCUAAAUUUUUACGGAAUGCUUCACGGGUUCCGUAUGUCUACCCGCCCAAGGACAGGGCAAACGUCAUCAAGUUGUCAAGCAUGGAUCUAAUUCCCAAAUCCCUUAGUAUAGAUGCUUUCACCAGGGCCUUGAUAGUUGAUAGCUAACCGCUCAGGGAGUUCACCAAAUGGAUAUCCUCGGCGUGGUUGUUUCAUCUCUAACAGCUCAGGCCCAAAUGCUUUGCUCAGAGCUGUCCAUCUUGUUGAAACUAUCCCCACUGGUAAGAAAAAGCCCUGUCCAGUCACUGCAGGGGCUUCAUUUCUUCAGGCAUCUCGCACCCUGUCGUAUCGUGUCCCAGUUAGCGCCCGUCGUCCUGCGUCUUCCUGUUUGUUGAUGUUUCUAUCAGCUCGUUUCUCUUGCCGCCGGGCUUCCGACCAAUCAGGUGCCUCAAGCUAGCUAACUUCUCGCCAAGUCAAACAUCACGUGACAAACCUAAAAACCCUUUAUCUAUUUUUGGGUUUCCAGCGAAAGUUUUCUUCGACUUCAAAGCAUCAAAGUUGCUGCUCGC